ACAGAGGUUGCCGGCGAAGCUCAAGUAUAUCCACGAUGAGCGCUAAUUAUUCUCCGCAAGAUCACACUUCGGAUUACAAGCGAAACGAACGGCAGGAAAUGCUAGUCGCCCCACCGUUAGACUUAUCGUUUAAAAAGGCCACCACCGUGGACGAAUUGAUGGAGAAACGUGCGCAAGUAAUACGCACUGGAAAAGCUCCAGUGAGAACGCUCAAGGACCGUUAUAUAACCAGCACAUUGUGGCUGAGCAACAAUCUGCUGAGCUCGAUGGAAGGUCUCGCACGUCUCGUGGACAGAGUUCUCGAUGAACCCGCGUAUCUCAGUUGGUUGGAUUUGUCUUUCAACGAGAUAAACCAAGUUGACAAAGACAUAGAGAAGUUUACAAACUUGAAAAUUCUCUACUUGCACGGCAAUAAAAUCGCAAAUAUCGCGGACAUUGUAAAGCUCAGGAAGCUACAAAAUCUCAGGUCGCUGACGUUACAUGGUAAUCCGAUUGAAGACGUUCCUUGCUACAGGGGUUACAUCGUACAUCUUCUCCCACAGUUGCUCGUCUUGGACUUUUCGCCAGUAAUUGCUGCUGAAAAGAAAAAGGCGCUGCCCGUAGGAUUUUUCAAGAUGAUACAACCUGGGAUACGAAUAUAAAACUUUAUUUUUCUAUCAUUGCGUAUUGUUGGUAUUCACACAUUCCCUCGAUAUUUUCAUCUUCGCACUUUGCUUCUAACAUUGUACCACGUUACUUACGGUUAUUUGAGGUAUGGUGGCUUCACAAAAUAUGACAGCAUAAUCAAAUUAAUAUUCUGAGAACGAUACAUAUCUGAUUAUUGAAAUUUAAUCUUAUAGUAAAUAAUGUUAAGCAAUUAUCAUAAAAUUACUAUUGUAAUUUCUAGAAGUGGAAUCAUAAACACUGUUGUAUACACACACAAGUGCUGCUUUACAUCAUUCCUACUAAAUAUUUUUUUUAGAUUUGUCAGUCAUUAUAAAAAUUUAGAAAAGUAUACGAUAUUACAUAUUUAAAAUUAUAUCGUUGUUCUUUUCCAAACAGAUUUUUAAAAACUGACGAAAAUGCUUUUACCCGUUAAGCUCAGUAUUUAAAAAAAAA